AUGCAAAACCACGUUGCCAAAUGGACAACGCCGGCGGAGGGUCACCUGUCGCGGGACGCAAAUGGUGACGAGCAAACCGAUUACGCAAGGUGGAGGCUGGUCGACAAACAGGGUCGCCAGUCAUGGUGCUAUCUCGAGUCCAACGAAGAGAAUGAGAAGUGGCCCCAGACCAUCUACGAGAAGUACUUUCUAAGACUGCACACGGGCUUACCCGACCUGCCCAAGGCGUCAACCCCGUUGCAGGCAGCUCGGAAUGGAGCCUCCGAAUGCAGUGGUCCCAUGUUCAUCCUGCCCUUCGUGGUCAUCGCCUGGUAUGUCACCGACACCCCAAUCCCCGCGGCUUACGCGGUCGAGAUCAAGCGACAUCUCUUUGCGCGACAGAAUCGUGGAGAUGGGGGCUGGGGAUGGCAUCUGCUAGGGCGCAGUUCGAACCUGGGAACGGUCUUGAACUACGUCGUUCUGCAUCUGCUGGGGGCCAGCGAAGAGGACCCUCGCAUAAUCAAAGCCCGUAGAUUCCUCCAUAGUCUCGGUGGCGCGGUCUACGCGCCGGGAAUCGCCAAAUUCUGGCUCUGCGUCCUGGGCGUGAUAGAAUGGGAAUGUCCGAUGAUGGCUACUGACUAUCCGCUAGGCUCGCUGCGGAUUCGGCUCCCACUGCCCCCCCGGAACUGGUACAUUCAUACGCGAACCAACUUCAUGUCCUUAUCCUAUGUCUGGUCUAAGGCAUGGAGGUACCCGGGGGAUGCAAUCACAGAACAGCUUCGUACCGAGAUCCACACGCAGUCCUACAUCACCAUCAACUUUGCUGCGUAUCGCAGUUCCCUUUCCGAGACGACAACAGUUGAAAGCGCAGAAAAGAGAGUCUGGGAGAUGAUACAGGCCGAAGACAAGAACACCGAGUAUAUUGGGCUGUCACCCAUCAGCAAAGCUAUUAACUUGAUCGUGUGCUAUAUCCACGAUGGCAGCGACACAUUCAUUAAUGCCCAUGGGUUCUUAAACAACAAUCAGCUCCGAGAGAACGUACCAGACCAGCAUACUUGUUAUCGGUGGCAUCGCAAAGGGGGCUGGCCAUUUAGUACCAAGUACCAAGGCUACAUUAUCAGCGAGUUUCCCGUUCGCAUUUCGACCGAACAACUGCAAGACUCAGUUGACUGUCUUCUAAAGAUAGAAAACGACACCGGCGGUUUUGCUGUUUGCGAACAAAGACAGGGGUCUUACAACCUGGAAUGGCUUGAGGCCGGCGAGUUCGCCGGAAACACGAUAGUAAGUUACAAUUAUGUGGAGUACUACCGCACCCGCGAAAUCGAGGAUGCCAAAACGCGAGGAUUAGACUUCAUAAGGCGCUCUCAGAAGCCGAAUAGCGGAUGGUACAGAGCCUGGGGAAUCUGCUUCACGUAUGCUGGGAUGUUCGCACUCGAGGCUCUUGCCCUGACCGGAGAAACAUAUAAGACAAGCGAGUAUUCCCGCAAAGGUUGCGAGUUCCUCGUGUCAAAGCAGAAAGAAGACGGGGGAUGGGGAGAAUUCUAUCUCAGCUUUAAGGAACAGACAUACAUCGAGCAUGAGGAAUCUCAGGUGGUGCAAACGGCCUGGUUCUGUUUGGGCUUAAUAGAUGCCAAUUACCCCGAUAAGGAACCGAUCAGGAGGGGAUUGAAGUUAAUCUUGUCCCGACAACAAUCUAAAGGACAGUAG